CCGGUCAUCAAGAAAGAGCCUGACACAGAGGAGUCGCUACCUCUACAUGUCAUCGCGCAAGCCAACCCAGAGACUAAAAGCGCCAAAAGAAAAGCAAGAAGCGAGAGUCCCCCUAACCCUCCCCACAUCCAUCCUCAAUUAAGGAGGGAAAGAGAGGGCGAGAUGAGACUCGUGCCCUUGAAAAAGCCCAAAGACACUGAGGUGUGGCAGUACCUGAUGAGUGUGAAGCCAGAUAUCUACAUGCCCCGUUGCGUCACAAAAGACAGGGCCAUGCGCGACCUCCUGCAAUUUUUUACGCGCAAGCGUGACUUGCCAGAGGUAUGGAAGACUCGGCUGGCUUUAGAAGGAGCGGGUCCCGGAAAUUUGCGGUUGAUCUUCGCCUACCUCGUUGGCAACUAUCCUGGCUCUGCGGUGUGCGCCAACUGUGCCGAAAAAUGGCUUACCGUCGACCCCGCCAUGGCGGCGAGCUUGGUGGAGGGAAACGAAACAAUCCACAAAGCUGCUGCUUUCCCCAGGUGCAUCCUAUUCCCCGAGAUUGGAGCUUCCGGAAGUUCAUCA